GAUAACGUACAUCGAUGAGUGCAGAAAGAGAAGAUCAGCCAGUCGUCAAUAAAAACAAGAGAUACAGAAAGGAGAAAGCUUGGGAUCAUGAAGGAAUUGAUCACUGCCACUAUAAAUGGAAAGUAGAUACUUUCACAAAUGAAGACAACCCAGCUGGUUCAUUCGCAGAGGAGUCCUCAUUUGCUACCCUCUUCCCUAAAUACAGAGAGAAGUAUUUAAGAGAAGUCUGGCCACACGUUACGCGCGCAUUAGAGAAGCAUGGCAUCAACUGUGUUCUCGAUAUGGUUGAAGGUAGUAUGACAGUCAAAACAACCCGCAAAACCUACGAUCCAUACAUUAUUCUCAAAGCUAGAGACCUUAUUAAACUUCUUUCUAGAAGUGUACCUUUCAGCCAGGCUGUUAAAGUUUUAGAAGACGAGUAUGCAGCUGAUAUUAUAAAGAUUGGCGGUUUAGUUAGAAAUAAAGACAGAUUUGUUAAGCGUCGUCAACGUAUUAUUGGUCCAAAUGGUAACACACUCAAGGCUAUUGAACUUCUCACUGAGUGUUACAUCCUCGUACAAGGUAAUACAGUAUCAGUUAUGGGUCCAUUUAAGGGUUUGAAGAAUGUACGAAGGAUUAUUCUCGAUUGUAUGAACAACGUACACCCAAUUUACCAUAUCAAGGAACUUAUGAUAAAGCGUCAAUUAGCCGAAGAUCCUAACCUCGCCGGAGAGAGUUGGGAUAGAUUCUUACCUUCAUUCAAGAAACGUAACCAAACAACAUCUGAGAAGACUGCCUCCAAGAACCGCAAACUUGAACACAGAGCUGAAGCUCGUGGUAUGGAUGUCGACGCACUCCGUCAAGAAGACGCAGCUAAAGAGCGUGAAAGAAGCCACAUUAAGGCUGACAAACAAAAGGUCUACACUCCAUUCCCACCUCCUCAACAACCAAAGAAGAUUGAUCUUCAAAUUGAAUCUGGUGAGUACUUCCUCAAACCAUACGAGAAGAAGUCAAAAGAGAGAGAGGAGCGCAAACAUACUCAAGAGGAGAACAGCAAAAAGAGAAAGGCAGAGAGAGCCAAAGAUCUUGUUGCACCUGACGAGCGUACGUCUGAGCAGAAGGAGAAAGACGAAAGAAAGCAACGCAAGCGUGAGAAAAAGAGGAAAGUUGAACAAGAGGAGUAGAUUAUUUAUUAUUUAUACAUUUCGUUUUAGAAUUACAGGUAAA